UGUCUCGUCGGAAUAAGUGGCUUUCCCCGGAGUUCUAGUCCCACCAGUCGGUCUCGGCUUGUCCCCGUCCACGGUUCUUUCUUAUCAUUUCCGUUUCUCCCCUCCACUGGUUCGAUCUCGCCCGAGCCCUGAGCCGGGCUCCCGAAAUGAGUACUCGUGGUUUCCGCGUGGGAACCAACCCUUGCCGCCUCAGGCUCGCCCUCCCCGGGCUGAGGUGGCUGCUGGGGCUGGGGCUGUUCCUAGGGCUUCACGCCACCCGCAGCGCGGCCUUCUACCUCCCCGGGUUGGCUCCAGUUAACUUCUGCGAGGCGGCCCGAGAGACUGCAACCUGCAAGUCAUCAAUAGCACUAUUUGUAAAUAGAUUGGACUCAGCAGAAUCUGUCCUACCUUAUGAAUAUAAUACCUUUGACUUCUGUCAAGAUUCUGGAAAGAAAAACCCUUCUGAAAAUCUCGGCCAAGUACUAUUUGGAGAACGAAUAACAUCAUCCCCCUAUAAGUUUUCUUUUAACAAGACAGAAACAUGUAAAAAAGUUUGUGUAAAAUCCUAUGAUAGAGAAAAUGAGGACCACAAGAAAAAGCUGGCUUUUUUGAAGAAAGGAAUACAACUAAAUUAUCAACAUCACUGGAUUAUUGAUAAUAUGCCAGUAAUAUGGUGUCACGUUAUUGAGGAUGGAAAGUACUGCACACCAGGAUUUCCGAUAGGAUGUUUUAUUACCAAAAGUGGCAUAGUGAAAGAUGCUUGCGCUAUCCACAACAGCCCUGUUGCUAGGAUCUACUGCUGCCAUUUUACAGAUGAUGAAAAUCAGUCUCCGAGAGGCUGUGGCAUGACUAGAGACAUACAGCUGGUUAAGUGGCAGAAUAUUAUGAAUUCCUUUGUUAUCGUUCUCUUCUUGUCUGGGAUGGUGGCUAUGAUUCUAUUAAGAACUCUCCAUAGAGAUAUUAUCAGAUACAAUCAGACGAAUUUUUCUGAAGAGGUCCAGGAGGACUUCGGUUGGAAGCUGGUUCAUGGGGAUGUAUUCAGACCUCCAAGGAAUAGAAUGCUGCUCUCAGCUUUCCUGGGUCAAGGAACACAAGUUUUGAUUAUGACGUUUAUUACCUUAUUUCUGGCUUGCUUUGGUUUUCUUUCCCCCGCCCAUCGAGGGGCCUUGAUGACCUGUGCCGUUGUGUUAUGGGUCCUCCUGGGAACCCCUGCUGGAUAUGUGUCGGCUAGAAUGUAUAAGACAUUUAAAGGUGUUAACUGGAAGACAAAUUUUUUGCUGACAGCACUAUUAUGUCCUGGUGUCGUCUUUGUCGACCUUUUCUUUAUGAACCUGAUUCUUUGGGUGGAAGGGUCAUCGGCUGCAAUCUCCUUUGGUACCCUGAUAGGUAUCCUUGCGAUGUGGUUUGGAAUUUCAGUACCAUUAACAUUUUUGGGUGCAUACUUUGGAAGCAAGAAAAAG